AUGGCUGCUGCCGAUAUCGAUUUAACAUUAUACUUUCGUAAGAAAUACACACCACCUCCUAGUGCACUUUUAUUAAAAUUACCAAGUAACAACAGCCCAACUAAAGAUCAACAACCACGUUCGAAUCCUUCUAUUGAACUUCGUUCACGUCAACAAAAAAAACGUCUAGCAACAGCACACACUGUUGGUGUACAUUUUCAUAAUUCUGAUAGUCGUGAUUCAUCAGUAUCACCUCCUGGUUGGCAACGACACUCUGAUAAAAUAGGACACGUAGCACCAGCACCCGAUGUUGCAUAUCGUAAUACUUAUAUGGAAGAAACAAAACGCGAAAAAUCCGCUACAAUUAAUAGUGAUUAUCGUUCUCAUAUAUCAAGUUCACGGUCACCAUCACCACGUAGUCAACAUUCACAACAACAGCAACAUCAACAACAAUUGCCUCGUUUAAAAACUGCUAGUUCAUCAUCAUAUAAUACAUCUGAUUCAUCACAACGAAGAUAUCAUGAAUAUCGUACAGUAUAUGAUUAUAUUCGUCAAUCAAUAAAACAAAUUGAACGUCAACGCAAUUUAAAACAACAAAAUUUCUCAGCACGUAUAAAACGUCCACAAAAUGAUGAUAUUAUUUUACGACGUGCAUUAGGUGAGAAAAAAAAUUCAGCAACAUCAAAAAUAUCAUCAGCAUUUAAAAAUGAUAUACGAAGCCCACAAAAUUUUCUUAAUUAUGUUAAUCAUUCUCGUGAACAAGUUCGUGUAUUACAUACAACAACACCAAAUCAACCGUAUCAACAACAACCUCAAACAGAUUAUAAAUAUAGUCGACAACGAACAAAUUUAUCGCAAAAUCAAAGUGACUCACCUGAUAAACAACAAUCUAUAAUGAUGGUGACUGCUACUGUUGCCAAUUCGUAA